AUGAAAAGAAAUAUUUUUUUUUGUAAAAAUUUAUUCAAAUAUACCCAAAUAAAUAUAAGAAAAGAAUGCGCAAAAGAUAUAUUUUUUGUUGAAAAAAGAGGAAGAAAAUAUAUACCAUUUUAUGAUGAAAAAAAAGUAAAAAAAAAAAAUUUAAAUACAGGAGAAAAUAUUAACAACGAAAAUAAAAAUGAAGAGGGACAAAAUAAACAAAAUGAAAAUUCAAUAUUUUAUCAAAAUUUAAUGCCACCUAUAUCACCAAUGAAAGGUUUAAAACUGUUACUUAGCUUUGAUACACAUUUUGGAGAAAUAAAAGUUAAUAAAGAAAAACCAAUAAAUUUUAAUUUAAUAAUAAAAAUUGAUAUAAAAAGAGAAUCUCUAAGAGGAAUGUGUAACUUAGCACAUAGUGUAGAUAAAAAAAAAAAAAUUUUAGUAUUAAUUGAAGAAGAUAAUGAAAACUUAAAAAAAUAUGGAGCAGAUUAUGUUGGUUUAGAUUAUAUUAAUAAAAUAAAAAAUGGAUGGCUAGAUUUUGAUAUAUGUAUAACAAAUUUUAAAAAUAUAAAUAAAAUAUUACCAAUAGCUAAAAUAUUAGGACCAAAAAAAUUAAUGCCUAAUGUUAAAUCUAAUACUCUUGUUGAUAAUUUAAAAGAAACUAUUAUAAAAAUAAAAAGUGGAAAUACUAUUGAAUAUCGUAGUGAACAAAUAGAUUCUAACACAUUUGAAUUAUAUAAAAAUAUUUAUAAUUUAAAUAAAAUUGAUCAAAAUUCAUUAGCUCAUAUAAAUGUUAAAAUAGCUUCUACAGAUAUGUCUUUCCUACAUAUACUUGAUAAUAUUAAAUCUUUUGUUUCAGAAAUUGUCAAAAAUAAUAUACAUUCCUCACAUACUGAUAAAGAAAAUAAAUCUACAUUUGUUUGGCCACCUACUACAAAAAAAAUAAAUAAAUCUAAUAAAUAUUACAACCAAACAACAAAUAAUCUUAUCAAUAAUAUCGAUGAUAGUUCCGAUUCGUUUAUACUUGGUGGAUACAUAACUCUUAUUGGUCUUCCUAAAUUUUUUUUGAAACCAAAUUUACUCUAUACUCAUUCAGACGGCUAUAUCAAUUAG